ACAGAUAUAACUUCAAUGAACUACAGUGGACAACAAACGAAGCUCAGGUAUGGCCGAGAGCACUAUGAGCUGCGUAACCAACAGCUCGAUAAAUCUACUAAUCAGGUGGUUGUCAAAGAGAAGCCAAAUUUCAAACCUACCGGUCUAUUGGCAAAAGAAUCAAACAAUAUUGGCGGAAUACAGCUGAAGUAUACAGAACCUCAGGAUGGAUGUGGACCUCCAAAGAACCAGGAAUACAUACUAUACAUCUUCCACCCCAACACAGACACAACCAACCGUUACAAUCUUAACACAAAACAUUUUCACCUUAUUGGAAGAGAUGAGAAGGUUGUAGACUUGAAGACUGAUGAUGAUACCUGUUCUAAGCAACAUGCUGUGAUUCAAUUUAGAGAGCGACCAGAGAAAGAUCCGAAUACUCUUAAAACAAUCAAAGUUGUAAAACCUUACAUUAUUGAUCUCGAGUCUAGCAACGGUACUUUUCUCAAUGGCGAAGAGAUACCAACAUCACGUUUUAUUGAGCUUAGACCAGAAGAUGUUGUAAAAUUUGGCGAUUCGGAAACCGAUUACGUUCUAAUGACUUUAUAAUGAUAGUUACAUAUAUUAACAAUGG